AUGUCGCGCCGGUCACACAGGAAGUCCAGGACAGGAUGCGACGAGUGUAAAAAGAAACAUCGAAAGUGUGAUGAAGAUCGUCCGAUAUGUGCCAAUUGCCGCACAGCAGAGAUCCGAUGCUCCUUUCUCGAUCAAGAUACAUCGUAUCUCGUUCCCGCGCAGGCGAGCGCUCGCUUCAAUUCGCGGCCGACGAGUGCCUUGUCCAAUGAAAUCUCUAAUAACAGCUCACCAAGUCAGCCUCAAGGACUUAAGGAACCAUCCGAUCCCUAUGCUCUUGACAUGACCCACCUUCGAAUCUUCAACAACAUUUAUAGUAAGGAGUUCCUGUCCUUCGAGCCUCAGGAUCAAAUUAGCAUUGUGUCGUCAGUCAUCUUCAACAAAUAUAUCCUGCCGACACCAUAUCUCAUGCAUGAGACACUGGCCUUCUCAGCCUUGCAUAUGAGUAUUCAAAGUCCACACAGCUGUGGAUUCUACCGAGACUACGCCACUGGCCUUCAAACGCGGGCAUUGGCACUAUUCAACGAUAAAUUACCGGUAUUGGACCUCAAUCCAACCAAUUGUACACCUAUAUUUCUCUUCGCAUCGUUUCUCGCCGCACACCUCCUCAGCGACACUCUCUAUCACGAAACGAUCAACCUUGAUCAUUUCAUUGAGAAGUUCACGCACUGUCUCACCAUCCAUCAUGGAGUCACGGCCAUUACAAACCAGUACUGGGAUCUCCUUCGAGAAAGUGAACUUGGACCUCGCCUAAAUCUCGGUGCAGAGCUAAUGCGAGAAAGAGACGUCCCUGGAUCAGAGUGUGCCGCGCUGAAGGACUUAAUUGAUGGCGCCCCGAUGCACCCAGACUUACAAAAGAUAUAUCACAUCUCCAUCGUUCAGCUUCAAAAGGUUUUCGAUGCCGAGCAGGCGUACCCUUCAGCCCAGUUUGACAGCCAAUUGGUAUCCGCCUGGCCUAUCAUGAUCUCUCCAGAGUACGUCGAUCUGCUCAGGCAACAAGCACCAGAAGCUCUCAUCAUUCUGGCGCAUUACGCCGUACUGUUGCAUCGGUGCCGAGACUCGUGGCUAUAUGGAGGAGGUGGAAAGUUCCUCCUCGAAUCUAUUUGCUCUCGGCUGGGGGACGCUUGGCACCAAUGGCUGAACUAUCCAAUGUCAGUUUUGUUGGAUGAGCAUGCUAGCUGA